AUGUACACCAAGGCUCUUACCGCGGCGGUUGCCGUCCUCUCCUUCGCCUCAGUCGAGGCCGCAAUCCUCCCUCGCGCAACUAUCACACCGGGCACCGUCGUUCUUCCCGAAGUCGUCUUCAACCCAGGUGAACUGACGGACCCGCUCUACACCGCGUUGAAGAUCGUUAGCACCGACCUCGGCAAGACAACAACCCUGACCGGCGACCUCACCAGAACCGCCGGAACAACAGUAAAGGAUAGAACCGACCAGGUCAACGCCGUCAUCCGCCAAAUAACAAGCAACACAAACAGCAUCCGUACCAGAGUCGGCACCGUCGUCGGCAACCUCCUGGGCGUCGUCCCCUCGGGUAUCCCCGCUCCGUCCGCGACCUCCGCCGCCCCGCCCUCCAUUCCCACGGCCGAGGUCGUCCAGAUCGCGCAGGACGUAGUCGUUCAGGCCCAGCUGCUCGCCCGCCAGGCCACCGCCCAGCUGCAGAACCUUCAGGCCCAGGCUAAUGCCGUCGCCGACCCCGCCGCCAAGGCGGCCUACACGCUCGCCUACACCCAAGCCAACCUCGCCCUGCAGAUCGCGCUCAGCACCGUCAGCGCCGCGGCCUCGACUGCUCUCACGGCCGUGGCGAACGCUGCUGGAAGUGCCAACGGACUGGCUGAUCGUAUCCGCAACAUCCAGGCCAAGCUGAACCCUGUUCUUAUCAUUGGCGCCAGCCCCGAUGUUACCUUUUAA